CCUGCUGAGAUAUCCUUUUGGAGGAAAAUAUUUUGUUUUAUUGCCGUAUUUUUUUACAAAUUAAUGUUUUGGAUACAUUUCUUCAAGUGAUAUUAAAUAAUUUUAAGCAACACUAGUAUCAAGCACUAAGCAUCAUUCAACUAUUACCAUACUGAAAUACAUACUUAGUCUGUAGUGCGUUGUGUAGUAGUUUAGGAUAAAUUAGGUUAGGUAUGUGUACAUGCGUAGCACAUGUUUUGUAGAGAGUAUUAAAAUAUUUAUUUUAUUUACGAAUUGAAUAAAAAAGUACAAAAUGAAGAUUAAAAAUUUGAAGAAGAAUCCUCUAAGUCGUCCCAAAAAGGAGAAAGAAGAUGCAGUGGAAGAGAAUAAUUCAAGUACAUCAACGAGUCAAUCUGCAGAGGUUAUGUUACCAUCUGAAAGUAAUUUCAAUCAUAUUAAAUGUAAAGCUGUUAGGUACGAAAAGUGUAAGCAAUUGUUAAAACAAAAAGCAAAAGCUAAAAAGGAAGCAAAAAAAAAUAGAAUACAAGAGGAUGCUCCAAAGCAAGUACCGCAUACAAUAGAAAGUUUAAGAGAAAAAGAUGAAACCGCAAUAGUUGGUGAUUUGGAUGAUGAGGAAAAUGAAGAGGUUAAAGUUGAUUUGGAGCAUGAUGAAUUUGCUGCAUAUUAUAGAAAAGAAUAUGAGCCUAAGGUUUUGAUAACGUAUUCUGAUAAUCCAACAAGGAAGACUAGAAUUUUUGGUAGAGAACUUACACGAAUGAUACCAAAUUCUAUAUCUUUGUAUAGAAAUCGUUCUGGUGUUAAAAAGAUUGUUAAAAGUGCUAUUGCUAGAAAUUUUACAGACCUAAUUAUAGUCAAUGAAGAUCGCUGUGUACCAAAUGGAAUGUUAAUAAUUCAUUUGCCUGAUGGACCAACAGCAUAUUUUAAAUUGAGUAACGUUAAAAUCACACCUGAAUUAAGACGUAAUCAUAAAGAAAUUACAGAACAUAGGCCAGAAGUUAUUUUAACUAAUUUUACAACUCGUUUGGGAUAUACUGUAGGAAGAAUGUUAGGUGCAUUGUUCCAUUAUGAGCCUGAGUUUAAAGGUAGAAGAGUUGUAACUUUUCAUAAUCAAAGAGAUUAUAUCUUCUUUAGACAUCAUAGGUAUGAAUUCAAUUUGAAGACAGGUAAACCAAGAUUAAAAGAGUUAGGUCCACGAUUUACUUUAAAAUUGAAAUCAUUACAACAUGGUACGUUUGAUAGUAAGUAUGGAGAUUAUGAAUGGCUUAUUCAAGGGCGACGACAUGAAAUGGAAACCAGCAGAAGAAAAUUCUUCUUAUAAAUUCAUUGGUAAUAACUUUGUUACUUAUAUAAUUUAACAAUAAUAUAAAUAUAUAUAUAGAAAUCUAUUUCUGAUAAUUUGUAUAAAAAAAAAAAAAAAAAAAAAAAACUGAAUCCCAAUGGAUUUUUAAAUAAAAAUUUAAUUGUUUAAAAAAUUAACGAAUUUUAUUGUUUUGUAAUCGUAUGAUCGUUAUUCGUACGUCGUUUGAAUUAUUUAUAUUCUAUUUUUGUUCGUUUUAAUACAUAUACAGCAGCAAGUAGUCCUCCUAUAUUAACACCUAAUAUUUUUGUUAUUCUGAAUAAGUUACCAGCUUUUUGUAAUGCCUAUAAAAUAUAAGGAACAUUUAAUUUAUAUAAUGAUUAAUUGGAAGUAUUAUUUUUAUAUGAUUAAGACUUACUAAAUGAAAACUACGUCUAUCAUAUGUUAAUAAUACUAAUCGACCAGUAGUAGGUCUUACAACUCGACCUAAUUGCAGUAAGAACUCUUUAUAAAGCACUCUGUUGUCUGACAUUUUGCCACUGCGUUUCCCAAAAGGCUACAAAAUAUGUUUAGUGUAUCUCUGAAUUUCAUUAUUUAUAAUAAUGCAAAAAAAAUAAUAUUUAUAGAUACCAUAUCAGUCACAACAAUAUCAAUGGAAGAGUUUAAGAGUGGUAAAUAAGUAACACUCCAUUGUGUUAGAUCAACUUUAGACUUAAGACAGGAGAUAUUUAUAUUAGAUUUUGAUCUUAGCACAGCCUUUGUAUGAUUAUCUCCACAUAACAUGUAUGAAUUUUCAUAGGCUAAUCCUCCCUAGAAAUUUAUAUUUAUUUUGUAGAAUGAUAAAUGUAUAUAGUAUUUAAUUUUAUUUAAAACUAACAUACUUCAAUAGGAAUAGAACCACUUCCACACAUAGGAUCAAUUAUGAUAUCUCCUGGAUUUGGAUGUGCCAAUCUUAAUAAAUUGUAACAUAUGGUAGCUCUUAACGUAGUUGGUCCAAAAUGCAUAAUAUUUCUAUGAUGUUUGGAUUCAUGUGUAGUACGUAGUUGUGUCACUAUCUCAUCUAAUUACAUACAAAGAAAGAUAAUUUAAGAUCUAAAUGUAUCAUAGAAUUAAAUAAGUUUAGUGAUAAAAUAAUGUUUACUUUUAAUUAUUUUACAGAUUAUUUCCAAGUGAUAUGUAGAUAAGUCAACUAGCCAAUGAUAUUUAUCUUGUAGUUCUCCUCCUAUAAUUCUAGCAGCUUCAGGAGAUUCAAAGCUAUGUUUACCGAUUCUUUCACAAGUUACUCUAUAUCUUAAAACAUCAUUGUGGUCUGCAUCAGCUGGAUUCUGUCCUCUUUUUCUGAUUUUAGAACCGGUGGAUUUUAAGCUAUCAAAAAUUUUCUCACAUUUUCGAGCCUCUUCAUAUUCGUUAAUAGUUGGAUAGACUUUUCCUGAGAAUUGAGUAAUGUUUUUCCACGCAUUCAAUGCCUUUUCCAAUUUUACAUUAUCAUGUACAACAUUUGUACAUAAUUUUAAAUCAGCUUCCUUAUUGAUUCCAUCAAAGUUAAGUUUAAGUACACUUCCAAUUAUAAAUAUAUUAUCUAUUGAUCUCAUUUUUUGUACCUAGAAUGUAUAUU